AUGUCUCAGCAAUUCACACUGCCAGUGACCAUCCCUCCUGCCCUCAGCCAGCAGCCUCUCAAGACUGUUUGUCUUCCUACCAAUAUCCAACAUGAGCAAGUGAAGCAGCCAACUCUGCUGCCUGCCCCAUGCCAGGAGAUGCCCUUUGGGUUCCCAGUAGCAGUUCCUUCAGAAGAAGGGACAAUAAACACAGCUCCUAUGAAGGGGAUGUCUGAGCAAGAGGGACAGCAGCAGCCACAAGAGUCACAGGAGCAAGAACAACAGCAACAAGAACCACAGCAACAUGAACAGCAACAGGAGCAUCAGGAAACAGGAAACACAGAGCAGCAGUUAGAGUACAACAAAACACAAAGUGAGCAGCAGCUAAAGGAGCAACUAGAACAGGAGAAGCUUUUGGACCAACAACUAGAUCAAAAGCUAGCAAAGGAAGAUGAUGAGCAGCAACUGGAAAAGAAAGGACAGCUGCUGGAGCACCUGGAGCAUGGGAGCCAGUCAGAACCAUCAGUGCAGCAAGAAGAGCAGCCUGUGCUUGACCCUGUUCAUGUAGCCCAGCUCCCAAAGGGAGAUGUCUUCUUCCCUACAGAGCAGGAGCAGCCACAGCAGCAGGAGUGA